UGUAUCUAUUUAUACUAUUUAGUUCGGGGCUCACCAAUUUCAAGUUUUUUAAUUCAUUUGACUAGUUUAUUGGUCCGAUUACAGCAUGAAGUAAGUUUGCAAACAUAUUUUCCCAGUAAAGGAGAAGAGUGUUAAUUUUGGACCGUCAGACAUUCCUGUUUGGCAAUGUAGCAAUUAUCAGUACGUACUGUACUGUGAGUAUAAUAGCCAACAGUUGCCAGACUUUCAGCUGAUAAAGCAGCAUAACUAACUUGUACACUCACUAGCGCCUCACACUCGUAUGAAUGAAAAUAAAAAACACCACACAUUAAGCAUCUCUCCCAGUGCCCAAGGUCAAUCAAAUGAUAAAUUUGAAACUUUCUCUAUGAGCGGCGGACAUACAUAUAUAAAAAGGUCUGCAUUUAGUUGACCGCUUCAUUGUUACAGUUUAGCCAGUGUUAUCAACAUGGUCAAGAUCAACCUUCUAUUUCCUUUGACCCUGUGUUGUACCAUCGUUGGUGUGCAAUGUACUUUAACUCCAGAUACAAUGAGUGUUGCACAGGGAGGUUUCGCUUUCGAAAUGAUCAUGACCAAAUUGAAACUUCUAGAGGAUCGUUGGGCUGAGAAAGAAGAACAAAUGGAAAAAAGAUUAAGCGAUUUGAAGUGUAGUGUGGAAACCAUCAUGCGGCAAAAGAACGAUUCAAGCAGAGUGAGUGAUAAUGUGUAUCGAUCCUGCGCCGAAGUUCCCACUUCCGGAAUAUACAACAUUCAACCGGAAAAGCAUUUUAAGCAAUCAAUAACCGUGUCUUGUGAUCAAGAGUAUGAUUCGGGUGGAUGGACUGUGAUACAAAAUCGCUUUAAUGGAUCAACGAACUUCUUCCGCAACUGGAAAGAAUACAAGAAUGGGUUUGGAAAUCUGGACGGUGAGUUCUGGUUGGGUUUGGAUAGCAUUUAUCAGUUGACAGUGUCGGGUCCACAUGAGCUGAUAGUGCUGCUGGAAGAUUUCGAAGGCAAUAGGACGUACGCCAAAUACGAUCUGUUCGAGAUUGGCGAUGAGGACGAAAAGUAUGUAUUGAAGAAGCUAGGCGAAUAUUCGGGAACAGCUGGUAAUGCUUUCGGUGGCGCAAAGGACAUGAAAUUUUCUACAUUCGAUGCGGAUAAUGAUAUAUGGGAAAAGCAGUGCGCAGUUACGUUUACUGGUGCCUGGUGGUACAGUAAUUGUCAUGGAAGCAAUCUCAAUGGAAAAUAUCUUCGCGGAGAAACGAAAGAAUUCGCAACUGGGAUGGUAUGGAGCACUUUCCGAGGGCAUCAUUAUGCACUCAAAACUUCAAAAAUGAUGAUAAGACCAACGAAGGUUUAGUUCACAAUUGUUUAAUAAUAAAAAGAUAUAAAAAUUUAUGAAAAAUU